AUGGAAGGUGACAUUGAAAAACUAGUUGUGAUUGGACGCGAUGCAAAGCCUCAUUAUUUCAAAAACUUGAAAACUGAAAAUCUUCCAGUGACAUGGUACCACAAUCAGAAAGCAUGGAUGACCCAGAAAUUAUUCAAAAACUGGUGCAUGGACUUUAAUGAACGAAUGAAGAGAGCUGGAAGACAUGUGAUAUUAUUCUUGGAUAAUGCGCCUGCUCAUCCUGACGACCUGGUAACUUCCAACGUGAAACUCGUGUUUCUUCCAAAGAACACCACAUCCAAGCUUCAGCCUUUAGACCAGGAUGAGGAUGACGAUGCACCUCUUGGUGAACUUGUUGAGCUUGUGAGGGCUGCCAAUGAGAGACUGAACAUAUCUGAACAGAUGUCACCAGAGGAGUAUGUCAGUGCUGAUGAUGAGGCUCCAGCCCAUGAGGAACUGACAGACAAUUGGGAACAGGAUUUGUUGGCUGCUCAUAGAGACAAUAUAGAAACCACUGUUGAAUCCAAUGUUGACCUAUUAUGUGAUGACCAGGACUAUGAUAAUGUUGACCUUCAAUGUCAAAUCAAAUCACAUCAAGAGGCACUACAACACUUACAGCAGCUUAAGUUAUACUGUGGAUUAAAAGACUUGAGUUGUGUCCUUCCAUCCCUAAAUGAGGCAGAAGAAACACUGGAAAAAGUGACAGUGAAAUCAAUGUGUAAGACAAAGCAAGUGACCAUUGAGAGAUUCUUCAAGUGA